AUGGACGAGUACUCGUCAUCCAUUCCAAUUAGGGAAACAGCAGGCAGAAUUAUUAGAAGAUCAAUCUUUACUUUUCUGCAGAAAUAUCAGUACUUCACCUCAACUGCAGCACUUCUUGCAUUCCCAUUCGCUGCCUCGACUCUCCUAUCACAAGCUUUCCUCCCCUCAUCUGUCGUUCUUGCACUCAUUCAACGUCGUUUUAGAUCCCUUUUUCUAGCUGCUGGUUUUCCUCCCUCAUCAGAAUUGUUCGCAAUUCUCAAUCUUAAGCUCUCUCAAACUAUUGUUACAUAUUUUCUUGUUCUUCCGUUCUCCCUUUCCUUUCUCCUACUUGCUAAGGCGUACAUAAUCAAAUCGUUGAGCAAUCGUAAACCUGCAGGAGAAACUCCAUUUUCAUCUUGGAUUACACAAUACAAGUCGCUUUUCCAAACUCAAAUUUGCAGCUCAUUAGUCAUCCUUUCAGUAAAUGCUACUUGCUUCUCUCUUCUUCUUUUCGCUAUCAACUGUUUCGAUGUUCUAGGAAUAUCUGCUCCGGAAGCCUUGCUAUUCGUUUCAUCGGUGGGAGCUGUUGUCUAUUCGAUCAUUCUUGCCAAUGCCUACAUUAUAUGCAACAUGGCAUUGGUGUUGUCAGGAAUGGAGAAUCGUGGGGGCUAUCUUGCGAUUCUCAAGGCUUGUGUACUGAUCCAGGGUCGAUCUUCAACAGCGAUGUCAUUAGCCGUGGUAAUCAAUAUAGCCUUGGCUACUAUUGAGGCUUUGUUUCAAUACAGAAUUGUGAAGGCAUAUCGUCGAGCAGCCUCUCCCAAUUCAUCCAUGGCUCUCGAGGGGCUGUUUAUUGGAUACUUAUAUGGCAUUCUUCUUGUAAUCGAUACUAUUGUUGGAUGCAUAUUCUUCAAGAGUUGCAGAACUUUCAAGAGUGGUCAAGAGGAUUGGAACUCUGUUCAAAUACCAAUUGAAGAUGCAAGUUUAAAUACUUUAAAAGAGGUUCCAUGA